CAUACUGUGUCAGCGAGGGGAGAGAAGAGAACCGCGCAGCGGCUUUUAUAUACGCAGGCAGGUAGGUCGGGAGGGACGCGCUAUUGGCCCGGAGCCGGGUAGUCCCGCCCAUCCUCUUCGCUCUGAUUGGGCGGCCGCGGUGCCUGGUAGGCUACGUUCCAGCUCGCGCGACCCUCGGCUGGCACGCGCCAGAGCAGCCCCGGCGGACGGUGAGGAGAACUGCCGCUGAGCGAAACCGCAGGGAAGGAAGGCAGAGAGAGAGAGAGCCAGACUGCAGGAAUAACCCGGUUUGGCACAUGUCUGUGUGCGUUUGGUAAAACUCGAGGCAGGCAAAAGCAAACAGAUGCACUGGGGGAGCAGCCAAAUGAUUUCCUUUUAACAGUGCAACAGCAAGAAGAAAAGUUCUCAGAAAAGAUGAAAAGGAAUAUGCACUGAAGCAGAUUGAAGGAACAGGGAUAUCCAUGUCGGCAUGUAGAGAAAUAGCACUUUUGCGAGAACUGAAGCACCCUAAUGUGAUUGCAUUGCAGAAGGUUUUCCUUUCUCAUAGUGACAGAAAGGUGUGGCUGCUGUUUGAUUAUGCUGAACAUGAUUUGUGGCAUAUUAUCAAGUUCCACCGUGCCUCAAAAGCAAACAAAAAACCCAUGCAGUUGCCAAGAUCCAUGGUCAAAUCACUACUUUAUCAGAUUCUUGAUGGAAUCCAUUAUCUCCAUGCAAACUGGGUGCUUCACAGAGACUUAAAACCAGCAAAUAUUCUGGUAAUGGGAGAAGGUCCUGAAAGAGGGAGAGUAAAAAUAGCUGAUAUGGGUUUUGCAAGGUUAUUCAAUUCUCCACUUAAGCCUCUAGCAGAUCUGGAUCCAGUUGUGGUAACAUUUUGGUACAGAGCCCCAGAACUGUUACUUGGUGCAAGGCACUACACAAAGGCCAUUGAUAUAUGGGCCAUUGGCUGUAUAUUUGCUGAAUUAUUGACUUCAGAACCAAUCUUUCACUGUCGUCAAGAAGACAUUAAAACAAGCAAUCCUUUUCAUCAUGAUCAACUUGAUCGCAUAUUCAGUGUAAUGGGAUUUCCUGCAGAUAAAGACUGGGAAGACAUUAGGAAGAUGCCAGAAUAUCCUACACUUCAAAAAGACUUUAGGAGAACAACAUAUGCCAAUAGCAGCCUCAUAAAAUAUAUGGAAAAACACAAAGUCAAGCCUGACAGCAAAGUAUUCCUUUUGCUUCAAAAACUUCUCACUAUGGAUCCUACAAAAAGAAUUACCUCAGAGCAAGCUUUGCAGGAUGCUUACUUCCAGGAGGACCCACUGCCUACAUCAGAUGUUUUUGCAGGCUGCCAGAUUCCUUACCCAAAACGAGAAUUUCUCAAUGAGGAUGAACCUGAAGAAAAAGGGGACAAGAAUCAACAGCAGCAGCAGAACCAACAUCAACAACAAACAGCACCUCAACAGCAAGCAGCACCUCAGCAGCAACAGCAGCAGCAACAACAACAACAAAACAGUACCCAGACAAAUGGAACUGCAGGGGGUGGUGGAGCGGGAGGUGGUGGCACUGGGGCAGGUCUCCAGCAUAGCCAGGACUCCAAUCUCAACCAGGUACCUCCAAAUAAGAAGCCACGCAUUGGGCCUUCAGGCGCAAAUUCAGGUGGGCCUGUCAUGCCUUCGGAUUAUCAGCACUCCAGUUCACGCCUGAGUUACCAAAGCAACAUUCAGGGAUCUUCUCAGUCCCAGAGUACAAUGGGCUAUUCUACAUCAUCUCAGCAGAGCUCUCAGUAUCAUCAGUCCCAUCAGUCUCACCGGUACUGAAGAACCCUUGUAGAUGGUGUUAGAAAGGAAAGGACUCCAGCAAUAUGAAGUUCAUAAUCAUGAGAAGAACCAAAAAUGCAAACUGUGAUGAGGAUCUUGAAAUUACAGUUAUAAAAGCAAAACUUUGAUUUAGUAAUUGUUUUCAGACAAGAAACAACCCCCCUUUUUUGCCAUAAAGAAGUUUCUUGUGAAAUUUCCCAUAAGCCUGCUUUUGCAUGCAUUCCAGUGUGGUUGUUAGAAUGAAACCGUCUGAUCUGAAUCCAGCACUUAAACUUCUUUACCUAUGGAAUUUUUGAAGGAUUCCUGGUGCACCUUUCUUAUGUUGUUGUAAUUGCCAUAAAUCUUACCUUUUCCAAGUCCCUUUACCAGGAUUUUAAAGUUUUGGAAUUUUGAACUCCCAGGCUUUUCAAGCUUGUAUAUAGUUAAUUUUUUACUAGGCAAAUCCGUUUAGCUAUACAGGUAUAAUGCACCUUUUAAAAGCACUAUGUUAUUUUCACAGGAUAUUACUGUUUUGCUCACAGAUGUCAAGAACAGCAGAUUUUACUGUUCCAGAGUAUUUUAUUAUUCUCUUUUUAUUAGUCUAGUUUUCAGAUGAGGUCUUUAAAAAAAAAGAAGAAGAAAAGAAAAGAAAAAUAUACAACCCAAGUCUCUGCAGCAGCUAUUACAUGUUAUUUGUUUGGACUGAACACCAAACAAAAGAUUAUGAAUGUUUGUUUUAUUAUUCAGAUGAGAAUACCAUAGAUCAUUUGUCAUUAUCUUCCAAGUGAGCUGACUUAAGCUUUGCUUUAAAUUAAGGCAUGACAGCAGAAUGGAAGGCAAAAAUUUGUGACUCCAGUAGAACAAGGGUUUUCUAUAGUGUAUUCUCUAGUGGUUAUCUGUACAUGCAAUGUGUCUUUGUUAGUGAUAAUCUGUGCUUUGGAACUCUACUCUAGGAGUUCAGCGUCAAUGGAAGAAAGGGCAAAGAAAGAGACUGCUACUACUUGGGAGGAUUCUGGGGAGGGACCAGGUUUGCUCUUUAGUGUAUUGCUAGUACACUCUUUGUAUUGGUUUUGUUUGUUUCUGAUGCAACCCUCCUUUGUUAAAUUUUGGUUCUGAAACUUGCAGCAAAAAAAGGAGUCAAAAGUUCUGUGGCACCUUAAGAGACUAACAGUUUUGUUGUGGCAUGAGCUUCUGCCUACUUACAGAACACUUGCAAUUAUGAACCUUGACAAGCCAUUGUAAUAAUUAUUAUAAUUAUUAUUAUUUUAUUGUUUUAUUUUAUUUGUAUUAUUAUUAUUAUUUUAUUAUUACAUUUUCAUGGUCCAGGCAAACCAGAUCAAAUAUGGAAAAAGAAGUUGUUGAACAAUGUCUGGAAAUUGUUUAAUCUUUUCAUGUUUAAAAUGCAUAUUAUGUUGUCUUACCACUGCUUUGAUUAAUCCAGUUUGAUUAUGCUAGAUAAGCCAUGCUAUACUGAAAUGUCUCUUUUCUGAAGGUUACACACACACCUGUACGCACACACAGAUACACACAUACGAAGCAAUUGUAUUUGGCCUAAAUGCAGCAAUGAGUCCAACUGCAUCAAUUGCUGAACGCUAAGUCAAUACUUAACACAAGUGCCAUUGCUUAAUGGGUCUACUUUAGUAGGGACUAACAACUGGAUUUAGGCCUUGAUGUACUGGGCCACCGUCUCACAGAAGAAGUGUCAGAGCUCAUGAACAAUGUACAUGUCAUCAGAGACAAUAAUACUUUGAGGCAGCUCAUUUCUUAAAAAGAGCCCUAGAAACACAGCUGAUUCACUUUAUUCAGGGCAAUAUAUAGUCUGGAAUUUAGUGUAGAAUUCAGCAUCUUGUGAAUCUAAGCUUUUCUGUUUUGUUUUUAAACAGAUGUAUUGCCUUAGGAAGAUAGGUUUAAAUAUUUGUGAGUAGUACUUAGUGAAAUUUUAGAAUCUGGGGAAAAGGAAUAGAAUAGUAUUUCCAGGGCUAGGGCUUAAGUACUGAAUAUUUGUUUCCCUCUUCUUUAACUAGUAAAAGCAUAAUAAUCUAUCAUAUAUGAUAAUUUGCAUUAUUUAUACAGAUUGCAGAAUUCAGCUUUUCUUUGUGUGGAAUUUGGGGUUGCCAUGGUGCUGACUUUUUUUAGCACACAGAGCCCUAACUUUAUUGCACUAAAAUUUUAAAAAGCAUAUACUUUAGAAUAUAUAUGCAGUACCCAGUAUUUAAAAAAAAAACGUGCUUUAAAAAUACAUAGAAGAAGAAGCCAGCUAUUUAUAUAUGCAUUAAUGGGCAUUUACACUAUAUAUAUAUCAUGAGCUCAUGCCUCACUGUGUUCUGUUUGGAAUCAAUACCAGACUCACAGAAAGAUGCCACCCAACAUUUUGCACUAAGACAACAAUAGAAACUGACAGAGUGGUAUGUCAGUUUACAUGGAGGGCGCAAAUUUGCUUUAGAGUAAUAAAAAGUAUCCUACUCAUAAUGCCAUGUUAUUUCCUGUUAACUUUUUAAAAGUAUCCAAAGUGUUGUUGCAGGCAUUGGUCCAUUUGCUGUUGAUACCAAGUGGCUUUGAGGGCCAAAAAUUAAAUCAGUAAGUACACAACAGGUGGAGAAGUCAGAAGAUAUUGCAUUGAGACAAUUUCCCCCCACCCCCCCAAAAAACCUUACUCUUUGGGAUCUUUUGUGUAUUGUGUGUCUGAGCUAGUUUUGUUUGAUGGAACUAAUGUUUUUUUUGUACUAACAUUCAGUGAAAAUAUUACCCAAAUUCCAUGUCCCCCAUUUUCAUUUUCUGCGCCUGAGCUAUUCAUCUGGUCAGUAGCAUAGAAUGAUACUGAACAUUAUUCUGACCAGUUUAUGAACUGCUAAUUUUUCUCUUCUCCCUCUGUUGCUCUGUCUCUCAACCUACUAUUGGUUGAAAUCUAGUGCACCUGUGACAAGCUCAGUCCAAGUUUAGGUUCCUCUGUGCAUGCAGUGUGGCAACCUGUGUUGAAUGUGCUUUUAUCUCCAUGAGCUUCCAGUUCCCUAGAAUGAUGGCCAUGAUUGUUGUCUAUACUGAUAAGUUUAUAUUUGCUUAUUUGCUGGAAACUAGUUGCUUGCUAUACUCGAUUUCCCUGCAGUGUCUGUGGACACAAAUGUAGCUGUGUUAAAUACUUCAUGGCCUUCCAAAAAAGAAAAAAAAGAAAAAAAAUAAGCAUUGACAGGGGAGAUGGAUGAAAGUAUAGGUUUACACUUUUUGAAAUGUUUACUGCACUCAUUCUCUAUUUGUAUCUUGGCUUCUGGGCAUACUUGGCCUAUUGUUGUGAAACUGUUUGUGUAUAAUAAGAUGAGUGUCUCAUGUAUUGCAGGGCUAAAGAGAGCCAAGGCGAGGUAGCUUUGUUUCAGGUGAAAUUUCAUGGAUCAAAGUGUAAUGUAAGAUAAAUCAUAUAUUGUAUCUUAUGAAAACACAGGACACAGAAAUUUUCAUAACUGUGUGGCUCAGUUAACUAAUUCUUACUAGAAUGUGCAGCUUCAACAUCAUCUAUAGUUGAUCUUUUCUGUCACAUUGGAUUUUAGAAGUGCUAAGUACUUCACGAUUUUUGCUACUUUGGGGAAAGUAGCUGCUUCAGACCUCAUUCUGUGAUAUUUCUCUUCUGGUUUUCAAAUAAAAGGAGCAAGGAAAUAGGAUUAACAAAGAAUUAUGAAAUGAAUUGUAGCAUAGACUGCAUAAUGAAGGAAGAAUUUAGUGAAAGCUGCACGUCCUGCACUGUAUCUGUGACACUGUAUCUUUUGGGGUGGGAAUGGUGAGGGAGGACAUCCUGAGAUUGGGGAGGAGGAAGCUUGAAGUAUUUGAUUAUGUAUAAUAUUUUAUACCAACAUAAUAAGCUUAGUUCCCCUUCAUAAUCUUCAGUGAUGGUACUUAAGCAACAUUAAGCAAAGAUAACCGUUUUAAGAUAAAAAAAAUAAGCAUAUUGUACAUAAGGCCAUGUGUAAUCUAUACAUUUUGCCACACCAGAACAAUGUGUAUUGCUUUAUGGGGGGAAAGUCUUUAAUGCACUGUUAUCUCCUAAAUAUUUAGUAGUAAAUUAAUACUAUUUAAUUUUUAUUAAAAGAAAUCUGUCUUGUGUAGACACUAAAAAGUAUUACACAAUGUGGACUGAAGAUGUCCCUUUUUAACAGCAGUUUAAAUAAUGUUUUAUAUCUGUAAGGUAGUGUACUUUUCAAAUUGUUUUAAUUUCUUCAUUUUGACUAUUUGGGAAAGUUUGCCUAAAUCUUUAGUUUACUUUUAUAUAUUAUUUCACAUAUCCAUCUUCUAUCCUUGUAGUCUUUUCAUUAUUUAGUUAGCUUUCUGUCUACUUUUAUGCCACUAUUGAAGAACCAUGCGUAGUGGUGCCUGCCAAGGUUUGCAGAUAAAACCCAAACAUUUUUGAAUCCAUUUUAUGUUCUCACUUUGUAGAUAUAGGAUAUUUAAAGUGAGAUCAUUAUAUUUAAAUCAACUAUGUAUGAGGGUCGAUGAAUUACUUUCAAACUGUACCCCCACCAGCACCACUGAAGACACAAACAUAUACAUAGACACAUGUCCAGUGUUCUGCAUCUAACUCUGAUCUUUGGAAAUCAGUGAUUCCUCUUCACAGUCUCCAAGAAUUCAUCUUAACCAGCUAUCUUGCUGAAGUGAAAGAGGAAGAAACUAGCAAUUAUUGAGCAAUACGGUAACUCUCCAAUAUGCUUCCCAACCUUGAAUCAAUUUAGGUGGUACAAAUACUAGGUGGGUGAACAUAUCUUAAUGGGAAAUUCAGUUUUUACUGCCACCCAGCUCACCUCUCCUCCCAGUCUGUAGGAGAGAACUAGGAAGGCUCAAUAGCUGACUAAAAAAGUCCCACUCACAUUAGACAGGCUUUGCCCUCAUAAAGCAUUUACUGUUUGUUUUUGUUUUGUCUUUACAUUGCUCUUGAAAGACUGUUAAAAAAAACUAUGCUUCUGUUAAUUGCAUCUAUUUUUUAUUUUUGUUGUAAUUAAAUUGAAUUGCUUCAGUGUGAAUUUUUUAAAUAAAAAAUAAUAUACGUUUGUAAUAAUAAUAAAAAGUUGAAGUCA